AUGGCUUCUACUAACUCCCUCUCCGCAGCAUAUACGGGUAGUCUCCAUCGACAGCCGUCAUCCCGACAAAUGUCCCGCGCCUCGGUCUCUCGCACCGGCUCCAGGCGCACGUCACCGGAAUUGCAGAAUUCGGCCGCACUUAGAAGCAAUGGACUAUCAAUAUCUAAGCGUUACUCUGCCGGCGAUAGCUCCGAUGACGAGGUUCCGGAACCCAAAUUCAGUGCUUCCGUCAAAGCCUUGCUUGAUGAAGAUGGGUUAGACCUAUCCCCUCGCCUACACAAAAAUGGCCAAAGCAAUCGUCAUCAGAGUGAUCGCGUAGCUUCAAUAUCAACAAGCCAAGAGAGGCGCUCGCGCACAGCAUCUCCCAACGACGGGUCGACUGGGAGCCCGGCGCCUCGGGUCGUUCGCAUUUCACCCGGCUUGACCAGCGGCGCAAGGUUUCGAAGAGAAGGAUCGCAUGUCUCAGGCGGCGAGGAUGCCGAUUCUGAAGCGAGGGGAAGCUCGCAUGACUUUGUUACGCCAGCUCCAAGGCAUCGCAGUGUUCGCAUCACUGGGUCACGUAGUAGCACGCGAUCCCCCGCAUCCAUAUCGCCCUCCCAAAGGCGAUCAGCUGAUAGGAGCUCUGUUGAAGAGCAUGACAGCGCAAGUCGCCUUGAAGAUGGAAGGAGAGUAAAAUAUGAGGAUGAUUACGCACCACGUCUGGGCACCGCAUCGGUAUUGCGGAGUCGGAAUGGAGAAGAUCUGGGCAUUCAUAGUUCGCUUCGUGUGAAGAGGGUAGGAAGGCUCACAGGAACAUUUCUGAAUGGGCCAGCGAGAAGAGGCGUGCUCCGGCGGCAAAGUGAGGAAAACAAUGAUCCAGACAAUUACAAAGAGGCGAACCCUGACGGAAACUAUGACAAUGAUGACUAUCAUUACAAAAGCACGACGAAAUCAUCAUCACCCAAAGUAUCUUGGGCAACAGACCCUAGCCCGCCACAAAGAUCCGAAGGAUAUCGAUCGUACGAAGCUGCUGGCAUUUCAGCGACUGAGGGCCCCUUUUCGAGGUCCUCGUCACCGAAGUCUUACGGGUCACACUCGAAGUCGACACCUGGCUCAUCAUCAGAGGCAUCAUCAUCCAAACCUUCAAGCGCGAAGGAUCAACCCGUCUUCAAAGUUCCCCCUCCGCCCACACUACCUGCAGCUCGCGAUCAAGAGAACGAGCCUCCACCGACCUUCAAACGGGUGAAACAACAGGGCUUUAACUUGCUUGAUAAACCAGAAAAGCUCUCAGUGGCUCAUGGGGACGAAAAGAAAGAAAGCAUGGAAACACCAGCUGGAAACUCACCCAGAAAGAUCCUAUCGACUCGAAGCAACAAUACCCCACAUAGACCGGCCCCUCCUCCCCCAAAGAUGUCCGUACUUGAGACUGCUACAGCAACAGGGGGCGCGGCUACCGCGUCCUCAUCCCGCAGAAAGCGUAAUCAAGUAUCGGUCAAUCACAAACCCUUCACGCGGUUAGACUGCAUUGGCCGAGGCGGAAGUUCGCGCGUGUACCGAGUAAUGGCUGAGAACUAUAAGAUCUUUGCCCUAAAACGAGUGAAUUUGGAGGAUGUCGAUCCCGUAACAUUGGCUGGCUACAAGGGAGAGAUUGAUCUACUCAAGAAAUUGGAAAACCUGGACCGUGUCGUACGCUUGUUUGACUGGGAGUUGAAUUCCGACAAACAUACACUCAGUGUUCUCAUGGAAAUUGGAGAGUCUGACCUAGAAAAAAUACUUACAUACAGACUAAAUGCCGAGGAUGCCGUUUUCGAUAUCAACUUUACUCGAUAUUACUGGAAGGAGAUGCUUGAGUGCGUUCAAGCAGUCCAUAACUACAACAUUGUCCAUUCGGACCUGAAGCCCGCAAACUUCCUUCUUGUACAAGGGAGGUUGAAACUGAUCGACUUUGGAAUCGCGAACGCCAUCCAGGACAAUACGGUCAACGUACACCGUGAACAGCAAGUUGGUACUCCAAACUAUAUGUCACCAGAAGCUUUGAUUGAUUCGAACGCAUCGCUCGGAUUGCCGGCAAGCGUCGGAAAAGUGAUGAAGCUCGGUAAGCCGAGCGAUGUCUGGAGUUUGGGUUGUAUUCUCUAUAAGAUGGUGUAUGGUCAGCCUCCUUUUGCGAAGAUUGCUAAAUACUAUGAGCGCAUCUUGGCUAUCCCCAAUCCAAAUGUCAAGAUUGAUUUCCCCGCCUUUGGUGUUGGAGGAGCGUCUAUUCCCCCGGGACUGAUCCGAACGUUGAAGGGGUGCUUGCAGCGUGAUCAGACGUUACGACCGACCGUGGAUCAACUCCUGGCUCAGAGGGACCCAUUCUUAUACCCUGAGGCGCAACUUGAAGGAGCUGUUCCCGUCACCCAGGAAAUGCUCAACAGGAUUUUGGUGAACGUAGUAAAUCACUGCAAAGUGCGCGGCAUCCCCAAGGAGGAAGAACUCGCGGCUUGGCCUGCUGGAUUCUUUGCAAAGAUCAAGGCAGCAUUGGAAGAGAACGCAUGA